CCCAGACCUCAUACCCCAUUCCCUGCGUCCCGCGGCCCCAGAGCGCACGGACAGCGAGAACAUUGGUCCCGGGUUGGACUCAAACUCGGUGUCUUCCCAUCGGAGAGAGGACCCCGGAGCUCUUCGACCGGGUCUCCAAGACCCUGCGGUGUGACUUCACUAGGGGGGCUCUGGUCGCAGAUAUCUCGUGGAAUCUUAGGAACCGGAGACAGCGGGCAGAGAGACUAAACCCCCACCUGUCACUCCCGGACCACCGAUGGGUCCCGCGUCCCCUCUGACCUCCGGCCCGUUUCUCGCGCGCUAGCCGCCAUGCUGCUGCUGGCCGUAAGCCUGCUGUGCCUGCUCGCGGUAGGACCGGUGCAGAACGCGGACGCCCAGGAGAACCCCCUGGUGCGCCCCGUGCGUCAUCGCGCACCCCACGAGGAACGGAGCGGAGGCAGCCGGGGAUGGCGUGGACCUCACGCGGGCCUCGGGGAAGGGCCGGCUGCCAUGGUAACGAUUGGGGAGGAGAGACGCGGUGGUGUGAAGCCCUCCGGGACAGUUGUCAAACUACUUGACGAUACACCCUAUACCGAUCGACAUGAUCUGAUCGAUCAGAUAUUAGAACUCCCCACCUGUAGCGACACCAGCGCAGCGCGGUGCCGCGUCCGGAGGCAACGCGUAAAGCGCGAUGCGCAAAGUGGAAACAGCGCGUCUGGCUCGGACGAGAUUCCGGCCCGUCGGAAGCCGCCGCUGCCACAGCCCAUGGGCCAGGUUCAGACGCCGGCCACCGAGGCCGGCGACUACGAAGAAUUCACCCCGCCGGACUUUGGCGACCUCACGCCGCUCGUCCCCGGGGGCCGCCGGCCGAAGUGGAAGCCGGUGAGGAACCCCUUCUACCCUCUGAGCGCCGAGGCGUGCGGAGCCUACGCGGUGAUGCUGGCCGCGGGGGUCAUUUUCUCCACGGGGAUCCUCUGCAACGUGGCGCUCAUGUGCAUCGUGUGCCACAACUACCACAUGAGGAGCAUCUCCAACGCAUUGCUGGCCAACCUGGCCUUCUGGGACUUCCUAGUGCUCUUCUUCUGCCUGCCGCUCGUCGUCUUCCACCAGCUCACCAAGACCUGGCUGCUGGGGGAGCUGUCCUGCAAGCUGGUCCCCUACCUGGAGGUGGCGUCGCUAGGGGUCACGACCUUCACGCUGUGCGCCCUGUGCAUCGACCGGCUGCGCAGCGCGGCCAGCGUGCAGACAUCCUACCAGCCCGUGGAGAACGCCGCCUCCACCGCCGCCAAGCUGGCCGUCAUCUGGGUGGGGGCGCUGCUGCUGGCGCUGCCCGAGCUGCUGCUCCGCCAGCUGCUGACGGAGGAGGGGGCGGGGCUGGGGCCGGGGGCGGAGCGCUGCGUGGUGCGCGUCUCCACCCGGCUCCCCGACACGCUGUACGUCCUGGGCCUGACCUACGACGGUGCGCGGCUCUGGUGGUGCUUCGGCUGCUACUUCUGCCUGCCCACGCUGUUCACCAUCGGCUGCUCGCUGGCCUCUGCCCGCCGCAUCCGCCGCGCCCAGGCCGCCGUCGCCCGUGGCAACCACCCCAACCACCGUAACAAGCAGCAGCUGCGGGCGGAGAGCCAGAUGAACUGCGCGGUGGUGGCGCUCGCCAUCCUGUACGGCUUCUGCUCCGUGCCCGAGAACAUCUGCAACGUGCUGAGCGUGUACCUGGCGCCGGGCGUGCCCCCGUCCGCCAUGGACGCGUUGCACCUGGUCAGCCAGCUGCUGCUGUUCCUCAAGUCGGCCGCCACCCCCGUGCUGGUGUUCUCGCUGUGCCGGCCGUUCCGCCGGGCGUUCGGCGACUGCUGCUGCUGCUGCUGGGACCAGUGCUCCGACGCCGGCUCCGACCCCGCCCCCCCCGGCGACGACCCCGCCCCCGGCCCCGCCCCCGGCGAUGACCACGCCCGCCACCGCGUCGACGCCCCCGCCACUCAGCUGGAGCUCCUGCCGCUGCGCCCCCCCCCCCACCGCCAGCCCGCAACCGCCAAGCGCUACACGGCCGCGGACAUGCACUGCUGAGGUCACCGGGUCAGAGGUCAAAGGUCAGACUUAGGGUCGUGGGGCGGUGCGGGGAGAUGAUGCCGCAUUGUCAGGAGGCUGAGACCGCCGCCCCGGGCCUGAGGGCGCGGGCCCCUUGGGGGUCCUGAUGCCCAGCCCCCCCUGAGCACGCGUCCGUACGUCCUGCGUCCGUUCGGCCGUACAUACGAGCGUCCCGUUCAGUCGUACGUUAGUUGGUGUUGGUUUGUACCUUCGUUCUUCGCUCUUAGAUGAACAAACACUUGAUAGCAUAGAUUCCACUUACGAUCCCAGAGUUUAUCAGUAAUGUGGUAUUCACUCACCAGUGUUAAGACUCAGAAUUUGCACAUUUAUUUUGGUACGAUUUUAUUUCAGAUGAUGUUUCUAUUGAACUUGUUAAUGUCUGCACAUGUGUGAUUGAUGAUGUAGCGUGUGUCUCUCUGUGAGUCUGUUGAUGUGAUAUUUAAAGAGAGAUACGAGAAGUUAUUUUAGUGAGUUACUGUCACUUUAAUAAAUAAAAAAAUUGA